AUGUUAAUAAGCUACACUGUUGACAUGUUGCCCUAAAAAUUAUGGCAACGUUAGUUUGUUUAGAAAAGAGAUCAUGUUUUAAGUCUCCAGAGAGCAGUUCCUUGUACGGCAGACACCGCUGCGUGAGAGUUUCGCUAGCUUAUUGUGCUACAUAACACAACCUCUUGACAUUGAACUAUAUUCUAGAGUCUAAAGUCAAGAGGUUAUGAUAUGUAACAGAAGUGAAGCUCUGUAAGCAGAAGCGUCUGCUGUACAAGGAACAACUCUCCUGAGAGUGGAAAUCUUAUCGCUGUUAUUUGUCUUUGCUGUUUCUAAACAAACUACCGUGAUGCCUUCAGGGAAAAUUAAUGAACAUGUCACCCAGUGCAGCGAUGUGGCUCACUGACAUGUUUUUAAAAGUUUUCGGACAGCAACGGAGCUCUAGACACAGAGGAUUACGAUGUAUCAGGUUUUGGAUAAACACACACAAUACUUGUUAGGAGGAUGAGUUCAUUUUGGUGUGGCUCUGCACAUGAGAUUUGUUGACAAUAACAAAAAUCUAAACCUCCAGACAUAUCCUUUAAAACACGUAUAGAGGGGAUCUGUAAGGUUCAGGUCGUCACUUGUUUUUGGGGACAAAGAUGAGGAGCGAGUUGCUCCACACUAAAUAAAUUCCGUGUGUGUGUGUAUGUGUAUGUGUGUGUGUGUGAGUGAGUGUGUGUGCGUGUGUGCUGCCUCCAGGGGAUUGUGUCCAUGCUUCGGGGCGUGUAUAGUGGACAGCUUGCGGCUGGAUUGAUAGAGUGACGUCAGCGCGCCGCUACCUCUCCCCGAGGGCAGGAUUAGUCGGGAGCAGCAGAGACAGCGCUCCGGUAAUCUCCCGGUAAUAAAUGGGGGGAGACGGGCACGUUCGGAACUGCCGGUACCGACUGAUACCGGGGGCCCCCUGAGACUCCUGAGAAGAUUCCUGCAUUUGAAGCAUGAUGGGUCGCUUCGUGACGCCGCAGCAAACCAACGCGCACCGGGCAGGUAAACGCAGCAGCAGCCUCACCUGCGAAGCCACCACCGAAGACAGCGGAGCUCCUCAGCGGACACUUUGCUGACUGACAGACACCGGGACGCACCGACAGAUUCUUUCAGUGCACUUUUACCAACCAUGGAGGAGAGCCGGGUAGAGUAACUCCCAGCAGCCUAUAGUGUCCACAACCAGACUGUCAGAGAGGAGACCGUUCUUCACAAUGACCCGUUAAAUUCCUGCCGCCGAUGCUUUCUCUGGAGAGUGGAUUGACCAUCUCCUAACAGCAGAGGAGACGAGCAGAGGCCUUUAUUCGUUUAUUUCAGUCUUCAGAUGGACCGAGUGCCCUCGGCACUGGCCGCUAAGAUGCGCUGGAUCACGCUGGUGCUCGCCGGCUUGACUUUCUGGGGCAAAGUGACUAUUUGUAACUGUUUCGACUACGAGGAGCCAGACUAUGAUUAUUAUGAAGAGGAGAGAGCGGAGACCAUUGACUACAAAGACCCAUGCAAAGCUGCUGUUUUCUGGGGCGACAUCGCGUUAGACGAGGAAGACCUACGCAUGUUCCAGAUUGACAGGACGAUAGACCUGACGCAGCACACGCACAUGCACACACACUCCCGACAGGGACACACAUCUGGUGGCCUGGAGGAACACGAAGUAGCAAAGAAGAGAGGAUCGUUAUACCUACUGCUGGAAAGAAUACGUAGAUUCGGUUUCGACUAUCUCCCAAAGAACUUCAGUAAGGGAGCUGCCAGUCUCAAGAGCCAAACUGGGAAAGGUGGGAAGACUGGGAACGUCGCAAAGAGCCGUAUUCCCCGAGCUGCCACAUCCCGAGCUGAGAGGAUAUGGCCUGGAGGAGUUAUUCCCUAUGUCAUAGGAGGAAACUUCACUGGUAGUCAGAGGGCCAUGUUUAAACAGGCCAUGCGUCACUGGGAAAAACAGACGUGCGUAACUUUCAUUGAGAAGACAGACGAGGAAAGCUACAUAGUGUUCACCUACCGACCCUGCGGGUGUUGUUCCUAUGUGGGUCGUCGUGGCAACGGUCCCCAGGCUAUCUCCAUAGGCAAGAACUGUGACAAGUUUGGCAUCGUGGUGCACGAACUGGGCCAUGUCAUUGGCUUCUGGCAUGAGCACACGCGGCCUGAUCGUGAUGAUCAUGUGACCAUCAUCCGGGAUAACAUCCAACCAGGCCAGGAGUAUAACUUCCUCAAGAUGGAGCCAGGGGAGGUCAACUCUCUUGGGGAGCCAUAUGAUUUUGAUAGCAUCAUGCACUACGCCAGGAACACCUUCUCACGGGGUAUGUUCCUCGACACCAUCCUUCCAUCCAGAGAUGAAAACGGGGUCCGGCCUGCUAUUGGCCAACGGACCAGACUAAGUAAAGGAGACAUUGCACAGGCAAGGAAGCUGUAUAGAUGUCCAGCAUGUGGAGAGACACUCCAAGAGUCAACGGGUAAUUUCUCGUCUCCCGGUUACCCCAACGGAUACCCUUCAUACACACACUGUGUCUGGAGAAUAUCUGUUACACCCGGAGAAAAGAUUGUUCUCAACUUCACCACCAUGGAUCUGUAUAAGAGCAGCCUGUGUUGGUAUGACUACAUUGAGGUUCGGGAUGGAUAUUGGAGGAAAGCUCCACUGCUCGGCAGGUUUUGUGGAGAUAAAGUUCCUGACGUCUUGAUCUCCACUGACAGCAGAAUGUGGAUUGAGUUUCGCAGCAGCAGCAACUGGGUGGGAAAGGGCUUCGCUGCCAUUUAUGAAGCGAUCUGUGGAGGGGAGAUCACCAAGGACUCAGGACAAAUUCAGUCUCCCAACUAUCCUGAUGACUACAGACCCUCCAAAGAGUGUGUGUGGAGGAUCACUGUGUCUGAGGGAUACAACGUCGGGCUCAGCUUCCAGGCUUUCGAGAUUGAGAGACAUGACAGCUGUGCAUAUGACUACCUGGAAGUUCGAGACGGCCCUCUGGAGACAAGCCCUCUGAUUGGCCGAUUCUGUGGCUACGACAAACCCGAGGAUGUGCGCUCUACCUCACACACACUCUGGAUGAAGUUUGUCUCAGACGGGACUGUUAACAAGGCGGGCUUUGCUGCUAACUUUUUCAAAGAGGAGGAUGAGUGUGCCAAGCCAGACAAUGGUGGAUGUGAACAGAGGUGUGUAAACACUCUCGGCAGCUUCAAGUGUGCCUGUGAUCCAGGCUAUGAACUAGCCCCUGACAAGAAGAGUUGUGAAGCGGCGUGUGGCGGUCUUCUUUCUAAGCUCAAUGGGACCAUCAGCACUCCUGGCUGGCCUAAAGAGUAUCCACCCAACAAGAACUGUGUGUGGCAGGUGGUCGCUCCCACUCAGUACCGCAUCUCUAUGCAGUUCGAGGCUUUUGAGCUGGAGGGCAACGAGGUGUGUAAAUACGACUAUGUGGAGGUGCGCAGCGGCCUGUCACCUGACUCUAAGCUGCAUGGUAAAUACUGUGGCACUGAGGUCCCUGAAGUCAUCACCUCUCAAUACAACAACAUGAGGAUCGAGUUCAAGUCUGACAAUACUGUCUCCAAGAAAGGCUUCAAGGCUCACUUCUUCUCAGACAAAGAUGAGUGCAGCAAGGACAACGGCGGCUGCCAGCACGAGUGCAUCAACACAGUGGGCUCGUACGUUUGUCAGUGUCGCCAUGGCUUUGUACUGCAUGAGAACAAACAUGACUGUAAGGAAGCUGAGUGUGAGCAUAAGAUCCACAGCCCCAGUGGGACCCUGAGCAGCCCCAACUGGCCGGACAAGUAUCCCAGCCGUAAGGAGUGCACCUGGGACAUAACAGCCACGCCGGGACACCGAGUCAAGAUAACCUUCAAUGAGUUUGAGAUCGAGCAGCACCAGGAAUGUGCGUAUGAUCAUCUCGAGGCCUUCGACGGGGACAGUGACACAGCGGCUAUCCUGGGUCGACUGUGCGGCAGUAAAAUCCCAGAGGCCCUAGUCUCCACCAGCAACAAGAUGUACCUCCGCUUCAUCUCUGACGCCUCAGUACAAAGGAAGGGCUUCCAGGCUACACACUCCACAGAAUGUGGAGGUCGUCUGAAAGCAGAAGCCCGCCAGAAGAACCUCUACUCCCACUCCCAGUUUGGGGACAACAACUACCCGGGUCACACUGACUGUGAGUGGCUGCUGACGGCAGAGCAGGGCUAUGGCAUUGAGCUGAGCUUCAUCACGUUUGAGGUAGAGGAGGAGGCCGACUGUGGUUAUGAUUACAUCGAGCUGUACAAUGGGUACGACGCCAACUCACAUAGACUCGGUCGCUUCUGCGGUUCAGGGCCCAGGGAGGGGAUUUACUCGCCUGGAGAUGCUAUGCUGAUCCGUUUCCAUAGCGACGACACUAUCAGUAAGAAGGGCUUUCACAUCCGCUACACAAGCACCAAGUUCCAGGAGAGUCUUCACACCAGGAAAUGACUUCACACGCAGCCCGUGACCUCUGACCUCUGUGCAGCCCCGCCACUGUUACCCUGACCUUCACCAUGGCAACAAGAAAAAGUACAGCCUGCCCCCCCCCCCCCCUCUUCUCGGACCCACACACAAACGUGGACGUUGUGGACAUUUGCCAGCCACCAGAGGAAGACGACUCUCACGUGAACAUUUGUCUCCCUCUGUGGCUCUGGUGGUCAUCGCGAUCUGAGACGAAACAGGAAAAACAAUAAGAUAUCAGUUUGAUUUUCAACAAACGUGGGGAAACAUGCUGACGAGUUUCUUGACUUGAGUGCGCCAUUUUUUGUGGAGGAGAUGGAUUUUCAUCACUGCACAUCAAGCUGCUCUCGCUCGAUGUGGAAAUAGGGUUUAAAGACACUCAAACAACUUCACACACUAGAUUCAUGUUCAGAAUUAUAAACUAUGGAUGCUUAAAGAACUAAAGAGCUUCAACCUAAAUAAAAAGAAAAUGCAUUCAACAAGGGAGUUUUGAGUCUGACUCCUUGAUUCUUGAACUGUGCGACUUACUGUGAUCACACGGCUGCUCAUCACCCACAGUAACUGAGAAGAAACUCUAAACAGACGUUUUUAUUGCCUUUGAUGCCUGGGAACUGGUCUCGACAGCCCAGCUCAGAACGGCUGCAGAUGAUUUUACUUGUCAUGUCUUAUUGUACAGCCCAUGAUGUUUGUGUUUACUGUACGUGUGUGUGUGUGCGUGUGUGUGAGUGUGUGUGUGUGUGUGUGUGUGUGUGUGUACAGAGAAAAGAAAAGGCUCAAGCCUGUCCUUGCCCUUUUGCUUAAAGCUUAUGCAGAUGACCAUCGUUGGAAUGGACAAAUAAAAAUAAAAACAAAAUGCAAAUGGAGAACUUUCCAAAAUGAUCUGUGAUGUUAAUGUUACGCCUUGCAUCAUGUUGUUUGUGUGUGUGUGUGUGUGUGUGUGUGUGUGUGUGUGUGUGUGUGUGUGUGUGUCAAUGCUGUUUUUUCAGUUUGUCUUCUAACAAACUUUCAUGGAUGUCCCCGAUUCCUCUUCACCCCAAUAAUCAUGAGAUUUGUUUUUUUUUUUUUUUUAGUGGAUAUUGGAAGGGAAUAUUUUUCACAGCUGUCUCUCAGGAGUGACACGAUUCUGAUUGAAAGGAGAGAUUCCCAUGGUGCUAAAACAAACAUACACUGAAUGACAGAUAACUGGAACUAAAGGUUUUCAAAUGGAGACACAGCGUGCAAACAGCACACUGCAUCAACAACACUAGUCCUGUGGAACUACAUUAUUGCCUUAGAACCAAAUGUAUGCUAUCGGAGGUCGCUCCUAUGCUCUUGCACGGGUUGUCUUGUGUCAGCGGAGUGUUUUCGAGGUUUUUUGGCAGCGUAUUUCAUUUGUUUGAAGAUCUUGAAUGGUAUAAUUGUGAAAAGAAACAAAACAUGGGAAAUGUAGUCUGUGUGUGAGAUAGAGUGUCUACGGUGCAUGUGUG